UAACAGCCACUUCCGGUUAGACAUCGUUCUCUUCCCACCAGCAUCUUUCUGAAGUUGAUCUAUUGUCCGCUGGACCAUCAAGGUUCCAUACAUAACAAAUCCUAAAUGGAUGCUAUGAAUGCACGUGUAGGCAUCAGCCUUGCUAAUGAUGGACGAAAUGAAAUCCGAGUGAACAAUUCAGCUGGCAGAUGUCUCCUGGAAAACUGGGUCGAAGAGCGAGCAAAUGUUGACAGAGAUCCUCCUUUAGACAGAGAAUAUAACAUGCUAGAGAGAGCUGGAUUUUUACGAAGUGGGCAUAAUGGACUGAUCACCAUUGAGGAUAGUGCUAAAGCAGAGAAACUCACUACAGUUCGGGCAACAUACACACCACCUCAGGUUGAUCAGACCAGGCAUGUGGGCAAAAGAAAAGAGUUGAUGGAACAAGCCUUUGCUCAAGCUGUCUGUGAGGACAUGGAGAAAGAAAAAGAGCGUAAAAUUGCCGAGGACAUGAAAGGCAUCAUGUGCACCGUUUUUAUGAAAGAUUACACCAAAGAGUUCCCCAAAACAGAGCCAGAGCAGACAUUGGAUCAUGACUACGUGAGUGAACAGCCUGUGACUUUCUGGUCAGAACACAGGGACAAAAUUCAUGGCACCACUCAAGUGAAAACAAAAGACACAGCAUUCCGGAAGAAUGAUGCUUUCAGCAAACCCAUAGGAGAAUACUGGGAUGAAGCUAAACCAGUCGAACUGGACCAAUAUCCAAUGAUGUAAUAAUGGCUGCAACUGAAAAUAGGUGUUUGUUUUGUUUCUUAUUUU